UGUCAGUUGGAGCUCGCACCUGUUGGUCGACGGUUGAAUUAACAAGCUAACACUUAACACGCUUCGGGAAAACGGCUUUUUGCUGAUGUUUCCGUCGACUGGUCUAUUUGCAGCUGUGAAUUGUCCCUCCACGGGGCUUUGUGAGCGGCCUCACUGUUUCUACAGACAUGACUUAGAAUCUCAGGAAGAGUUCAGCGCUUCCUAUAAAUCGUCGAUAGUUGACUUUUCAGGUUGGUAGCCCACUCGAUCAACGCUAGCUCCGUUACUUAGGUUAUUGGUUUCAGGUGUGCGCAGCCUUGCCUGUUUAAAGUUUUAUGUGUCACAUACUAAAAAAAAAAGAGUCAAUUUGGGUAUACCUUUAACGCUUAGCAACCACUACUCUAGAGCUGAAUUUCUUCAUAGACGCUUGUAUUAUUGUGCAUUUGUUUGACUUAAAAUAUUGUCGUAUCAGGCUAUACGACGAUAAGUACCGUCGUUACAUUUUAUUUCUAGUUGUGGGGAAAUUAAGAUUGCAUCUUAUUGGCAGUAAAGAAAAUUGGAUUGUUUAGAUGUUCAUAAUAUUGUGGUUUGUCGGUGUAACUACCAGCGAACUCAGCAGAUGAAAAUCUUGUCUAGUCUUGACAUGUAAACGAUCUCUACAUUUAAGAUGGCCACCCCACCAAAUAUUACAUCUUUCAUCUAAUCUCACCCUGUAUUGUUUACCACCUUAUGACAAAUACUGUUUUUUAUUUUUCCAUUGUUACUUUGCAACAGAGUCCAGAAAUGACAAUCCAUACCUUGGCUGUGGAGCUUCAGUGAAUAAUGACACUAAAGAUGCCUGUCUUCAGAGACUGGAGAAGAUCAACGAGGAGAUUGAAACUGUCAGACGCGAGGUAGAGUUGGAGCAAAUACGAUUGUCCCACUUCCAAACGGUACAGGUGGAUCACCAAGACACGCUGCUUGGUCUUUCCAUCUCAAAGACAGAGGCAGCGUGUAAAAACAUUGUCAGAAGUUCAAGUGGUCAGGCUUCGUGUACAGAGUCAAAAAGAAAGAACCCCAAAGCAAGAAAAUACGUGGUUGACAACUCAAAACCAAGGACAGAUUUGGAGUAUGACCCUCUGUCAAACUAUUCUGCUGACUUGCGGUCGUACAGCUCAUCAGGCAAAGAGCCAAAAGUUCAAGACAGAAAAGGUUUGAAGAGAACAAAAGACGCUGUUUGUAGCAACCAAAAGUGGACAUACGACUAUCGGUGUCCUCUUUCUCGAUCACCAUCUCCAGAUCCACAAGGCGACUUUUAUGAAGACAGUGAGUUGGUUAUUGACAUUUUUUCCUCACCUGACAAAAAGAGAAGAAAAGCUGAAGAAUGCAUUGAUCUGGUUUCUGACAAACCCUUAUCCCAGGAGGGAACAGAACUUAAUGAACAGAUUUUACUUGAUUCUCCAUCAUUGCAACUUUCAAAAACAGACACUUUAAAUGCUACAUCCCUACCAGCAUCAAGGCUUCAAGGAAAUAUAGCUCAAAGUAAUUGCAGUGGUGAAAUAAAUCAAGGUCUGUCUAGCCUUUACCAGGACAAAGACUGUAAACUUGAAUUGGUUGAAAGAAGUGUUGUUGAUGUUACCAAAAGUUUAGAAGGUCCAGGCAGAGAGACACAGAAAGUUACAAAUUUUCAGGCUGCUAAAUCACUUGAAGAAAAAAGUCCCGACUCUGCAGGGUCUCCUGCAUCCAAAGACCAGGUGAAGAAAAUGAAUUCACUGCAGGCUUGUGAUUAUCAGCCAAAGAAUUUGCUUUUUUAUGAAGAUUCUGACGUCAACUCGAGCGUACAAAAUAAGCAACAUACAAAGCAAGGCCAGACAAUGGAGCAGCCAGCUCAUAGCAAAGUUACUGAUAUUUUUACCCCAAGCUGCUCUCUUUCACUGCUGCCAAACACACACAGAACUUCAAAUGUAAUGAUUGGGCAGAUACAAGGUAAAACUGCUGAUCGUAAUCCUCCCCCACCUGAAAGAUACCCAGAGCUAGCAGAAUCUGCUGCAGGCGGCAGCCAAGCUCAGGCCGGGCACAGUUUUUCAGCAUCAGCUGAGCAACCCUCUGUCGAAGCCUCACGUGGAGAGAUAAUUAUCAUUGACUCUAGCUCUGACAAUGAGGAUGAGCUCAACUGUUCAGAUGUAGAGUUAUCAGACACUGACCCAAUGGAGGAAUGCUACAGGAUCUUUAUGGAGGAAUACUGCGAGGAUAAGGGAAGCGAAGAGCAGCCUGAUGUUUCUGUAAGUAUUUUGUUAAAAAUCUUGCAUUAAAGAGAGAUUUCUUUACUAUUAAGAGAUGUUUACCUCAUUAUCAGGUGGGAACUGUGGAGGUGGAGAAACCAGCAUUAAAUGUUACGGCAGGGAAGAAGAGGGUGGCUCAUGAUCCCAAACAUACAGAGGUACAAGCCACAAAAUUAUGUUUGCCUUGAGACUGCCAAGACAAAAUAAUCGUCAUAAUCUAUUGUAUUGUUAUUUCUGAUAUCAUUGUAUUAUCCAGCAGCCAGUGGGAAAGAGCAGACCUGAGCCUCAGGUUCUGGUUCCCUUGCGUGGACCUGGGGUAUCAGGAUUUGCCUCCCAGUCCUCCAUCACUACGAAGAUCCAGCUGGUACAGCAAAGAGCCUCGAUUCUUACGGCCUCAGUCAAAGGGGGUCAGGCUUUUAUUACCACCACGUGUCAGAGGAAGCCAGAAACCCACAGAGCACCUUCUUUGACUCAAAUCCCUGAAAACCCACAGCAUGUUCCCGUGCAAAGUGGUAAGUGUCCUUUGGUCAAAGUGGAAAGGGUAUGUUAGGUUUUUGGGGUAAUUAUUAUUAUUGUUUUUAAAGGUCACAUUUUUAAUAUAUCUUAUUUUGGAUAAAAAAACACACCACUAAGCUCUAAGCGAUGGAUUCAUUUUAACACAAAGUUAUGUUUCAAGCUCAAGCUUUUGAGCUUUCUGGUGUAGAGAUCUUUUUUUUCCUCAUGGUUGUUUGUUUAAGAUCCUGUAUCCACCGUGGGAUGUCUAAAUUUAAUUUACUAAUUGAAGAUUUUUGGCUGUGCUUGUAGUUGUCAAAUUUUAUGUAGACAUAAAUCUGUUAUAUUACACAGCAUUUUUAUGGUUUUGUGUACAAAACUUUAAGUGUAUUUUGUACACUUCUUGUUUAUAUCACAUGUAGCUUUGUGUCUGUUUUAUCCUACAGCUCAAACAACAUGCAUACCUAUAGGAACAGCUGUGGUAAAUGUGGGAAACAACCUGCACUUGAUCCUUCCUACUUCAGCCAGAGCUUUCACUCCCAGCCAAGGUUAUUCUGUGUUAACUCCUUUGAUGAAAGGGCACACAGGCCCUGUUACUGUGAAACAAACCUACCAUACACCCUUACUCACCCCUGUGCAAAGGUCCAGGACGACAGCACCUGUGCUUAUCCCUGCACAGGCACAGAAACCCUCUUUGAACUUUGCCUCUGCAGCAGCACAUUCAGGUCCAGCAUCUUCUGCUAUUCAAGAUUCUGUCCAGCCAACUGCUAAGGUAAGAUUUUAAGAGUGGCUUGUGUAGGCGCCUAUUCUCCAAAAAUUAAUUAAACCGUAACCUUUUUAUCCCAUCUGUUAAUAAUAAAUUUAUUCUUUCCAGCCAGUUUCUACAAAACGCAAGUUGAAGCAGCAGUGUGAGUCUUCCAAAGACAAAGUGCCCCAUGACAUCCGGCAGCGUUAUGUCAACUUGUUCACAGAAGAGUUCCUCAAAACCUCAGCCAAUGUCAAUGAUGCUUUUGAAAAGGUAAGGUUUUGCCACUCAUUAUUCCUCUCUGACUGACUGUCAGUCUUAAUGUCAAUUUCUGAUCCCAAUAAUAUUGACAGGCACUUGCGGAGGAGAAGACUGUGUAUAAUCGCAGUAUGAACAAACUCAAAUAUCUCAGUGUUGCAGUAAAUGCUUUGAAGAGACUGAAGAACCAAAGUGCUGUCGCUGCUAAAGGUGAGACUCCAUUCAAGAAUGGGGGUCUCAUUUAUGGAACAGUGUGAAGUAUCCAUGAAAACUGUAUGGAAGCCAACGCCUGGAAAUGGCUCACGCCAAAAAUAAUUCAGGUUUAAAAAAUUGUGUGCACACACACUUUAACAAAUUAUUUCUGGUUUUAAAUCAUUAUCCACAUGGGAAAAUAUAUGUUAAACCUUUAUGAUAGUUCAGCCUUCAUGUUACAGAUGUUUCAGGGUCAGAGUUUGCGUAUGUGUGCGCACAUUUUCCAGUCAAGUUUGUUUUCUAUAGAUCACAAACUUGCGUAGGCGGGCCACCCCGCUUUCUGGCCCUUUUUUCAUUUACAGUGUUUAUAAAUGAGACCCCACUUGUGUUCUGUUUGAAAUGUGCGAGUGAUAAGGAUGACAAAAAAAGGUUGACUCUUUAAUCUUUUCAGAUCAAAAUAUGGUCAACAGUCCAAAGCUUAAGGGCAACAUUCCACUUAACCUCAAGAAGGUUAAAGAAAAUGGUAAGAAAUUGUUUCUGUAAUAUUUUUGUAACUUUUAAUUUCAGGAUGGCUUUAAGCAUUUAUUUUUCCAGUAGAUGAUAUGCCUCUGUAUGAGAGUUUAAAGGACUACGUUUUGACUGAGGAAAAGCUUAUUGAGAACAACUAUCCUGUCCGGGACCCGGAGAGACGUGGUUGUGCUGUACUUUUUGCUGAGCCUAAGAAAGGAACCAAAGACCGUAAGUAUAAUGUAGCACUGCAACUGUCUAUGAGGCUCUUAGCCUCAUAUUUUGCCACUAGAGGGCGCACUUUGGCUGUAACGUGCGUAUAGGGUUUCUUGUCUUGUCAGAGCUUAUUCUAUGGGAGAUCAUUUUCUUUUUCUCUGUUUUUGGUGAAGCUCUCAAAAGGAUCUGCUGUCGAUGUGGGGCUAUGUACUCUGUUAACCAAACAGGCAAACACAUCCGUCAGGAGGAGUGUAAUUAUCACUAUGGGAAAGGAGUCAAGAAUAGAGGUAAGCAUACCACAGUUAUUCUUCACAAACAUCACAAAUUUCUCAGUACUAGUUCUACAAUGUAGAUCUUAGAAAAGAUCUUUUGUAAGCAUUAUUGGAUACCAACAGUGCCUGGUGGAGUGGAAACCCGCUACAGCUGUUGUGAGGGAGUCAUGGGAGCACCUGGUUGUCAGAUGUUUAAGGUAGGAAAAGAAAUAAUUUUUCAGCCCGACUCUCUCCUGAGACUUUAAAAUAAGAGCUUUCUUUUGUUAUUAUGCUGUUGUCUUUUGUUCAACAGCUGCAUGUCCAUGAUUCCUUCAGCCUGGAUGGGUUUGUGUCCACCUCUGAGGGAAGAUCCUCGCAGAGGAGCUGUCCUGGGGUCUAUUCCUUGGAUUGUGAAAUGGUUUCAGCUCUUUUAUUGCCCUUAUUUAAAUUUUCCUUUUGAGCACCAAACUCCUGUCACACCCCAGCUGUUUGUGAUGGUGUUCUUAGAACCCAUACUUAAAACUAGUGUUAAAUGUCAACAGAAACUUUGUGUACCACAAAGUAAAUCUUACUAACCUAUACCAUACAAGAUAACAGACGAUACUGCUCUUAAGAAGGCAGAAUAAAUUAUCCAUAUACACGCACAAAUACACUUGUUGAUGCAAAUAUGAUUCACCCAGAGAAUGUAUUGCAAUUCACAGUGCAUGUUGUGUAAAUUUUUGUCUUCCAAGUGUUAUACCAUCCAUGGUUUGGAGCUGUCCAGAGUGACAGUGGUCAACUCCAGACUACAAGUCAUUUAUGACACCUUUGUCAGACCUGAUGGUGAAGUCAUUGACUAUAACACCAGGUAUGUAAAAGAUGGGUGACUUUUUUUCUGCAUUUUGAAAAGCUCUUUGAACACACUCAAUCACCAGCUUUUUACCGGCAACGCUACACUGAUGUGAAUUUUUUCAACUGCUGUAUCUUUGUAUUUAUGAUCAGCUAACUACUCUGUUUAUAGUCUUUUGUGUGACAUUUGUCAAGGUUUUCAGGCAUCAGUGGCGAAGAUGUGAAGGACAACCUUACUUCCCUCAGAGAGGUGCAGGAGACUCUAUUGAGCUUCAUUAAUGCUGAAACCAUUCUGAUUGGACACAGCCUGGAAAGAGACCUCUGUGCUCUGAAGGUGAUUGCUUUGGUGUUUCCCAAAUGGGCUCUAUGCACUGAUCCACUUCUUCCUGAACUUAAGGCUGCUCCUUGGACAACCUGAUUAAUCCAGAUGUGUCUGAGUCGUCACAAUGAUCAGUCACACCUGGAUUAAUAAUUCAAGACAGGAAAUAAAGGAGCUGCCUAAAGUCAGGAAGUAGUGGAGCUGUGCAUAGAGCCCAUUUAUUCCAAAAAUUAUUGCAAGCCUGAUUAACCUAUGAUUUGAAGAUAAAGCCCAGGAAGGUCAAAAAGCAGAAAAACAAGUGGAUUUGAUAAGGCAGUCACACUCAACGUUGCAAACAUAGUUCUCCUGCAAAGGGGCUUUUAAAUCUUUUAAAGGUGCUCAGCUGAAAGUAGGAACAACACUGACAACACUGCUGCAAAUCUUGGUCAUGUAUGACUACUGACUUUUCAAGGCGAUGAAUUGGUGUGGCAACUCAAGUUUUUAAAAUCAAUUAAGAAAUUAGCCCUGAAUGGAAAUGUAUCAAAAGAUGAGAAAGAGACAUGAACACCAUUUAAAGAAUUUAUUGUUAAAGUGGAAAGGUAGAUGAACGUGGGAAAGAAGUUUGUAAAACCAGGUUACAUGCUAGUUUCUUUUCUUUCUCCACCUGCACCUCUUUUUCUACACAAAGUAAUGAUCAACUUAUUCAAAAGGCUACAUCCAGUGAUAAAAUCUUUAGAUAUCUCUCCGUCUUACUAUAGUUGCUUCACGGAGCAGUUGUGGACACAGCAGCAGUUUUCCCCCACCGUCUGGGCCCCCCUCACAAGCUCAGCCUCAACAAGCUCACUGCUGAAUACCUCAGGAGGAUCAUCCAGCAGAGUGGUGGGUCAUCAUGGACAACUGCAGCCACCACAUGUUUCAUUGACACUUUCCUGUUUAAACUGCAUGUUGUGUCAGAUAAAAUAUGUAUAAUAAUCAAAGUGCAACUUUUGAGAAAUAUGAACCAAAAACUAUGUGUUUUAUAAUUACAUUUCUUGAAAGAUAUGGUGUUAAUGUUUUUCUCAGAGAGUGGCCAUGACACUGCAGAAGAUGCUGCUGCCUGCAUGGAGCUUAUCUUGUGGAAGGCCAAAGAAGAUGGAAAACUGAAAAAAUGAUAUAAAUAAGACAUAAUAAUCCUCAUCCUGCUCUUAAAUGGAAAAAAAGAAGCUGUCUUGAAAUGUUGACUAAUGUCUGUAUUUACGUAAAGCUGUUGACUCUAUUGUGAUGAAAAAAAGGGCUGUUUAUUUUUUGUUUGAUGGAAUCACUAAUUUGUUAGAGGUAUUUUAUGUUAGAUUUUUAUUUUAGCCUAUGAAUGAUCCAUCAUAUAGUGACUUAUGUGGUAUCACUGUUAAGACCCCUGAAAGAGUGGGAUGUCACCAGCUUUACAAGAAUAAAAGAAAUUAAUGCAC